AGCGCGGGCGCAGCCUGCUCCAGCCAGGUGCCAGCAGCGUCAGGUGCUGUGUCAGCUCUGCACCCCUACCCCAUCACCUCCCGUGGGCUCUCUCUGUCCUCAGAAGACAUUUCCUGCCAGAAAUCAUGCCAGCUGUGCGCGGUGUCCCCAGCGCUGCUCCCUGCAUUUCGUGCUCCCCAUCACUUGCCACCGCCACUGCCUCCUCCCUCCGCCCCCACGUAGGAAAGGAAGGGUUUGAGCCACUUUCGUGGGGCCGUCACAUGAAAGUCGGUGUAAAUCUCUCCAAAUCUCUUGCUUAUCCUCCAGCAAACUAUUAACAUUCCUGAGGACUCUUCAUGUCUGGCCAGAAAUUCAUUAGCGAGGCGCCUGGCUCCGGAGGAGAGCCGGCCCUUCUGCAGGAGGCUGCUGGCACCACGGGGUGGGGAAAUCUGGGGCAGGAGCAGGGUGACGACCACCGGGACACUGUGUGUUUUGGGGAUGGAGCGCAGGAAAACCUCCUGUUUCAGUAUGCUGCCACGUGGUGGCCUUCUGGGGUCUGUUUGGGAAGGGCUGGAGCAUCUUACUCCAUAGGGAAAGGGCUCUCUACCGCUGUGUGCACCCAGGGCUGGGCACAUUGCGUGGCUUGUGAGUUAAUGCUCUGAAACAAUGCAGACGUGGAGCAGCGGGUACGGCUUUGCCUGUAGGAUCGAAUCCUUUUUGGUAUGCUAGGAGAAUUCCCUGCUGCCCAGGCACGCGCCAGAAGCGAUCCACUCGGCCUCUAUUUCUCACCCAUCCCUGCGGUGUCCAGACGCAGCCCACGGGCAGCGCGUGUGAUUUAUACACCGCUUCCCUUUGGCUGUGGAAGCAGGAGGCUGCAGCGACAGCAGCUAUUUUAGUCAACCAAGUAAUAACCCGGAGUGCUUGCGACCGGGGGUGACGGGGGCACUCGGGCUGACGGUGUCUGGCGGGGAUCCCGCAGCUCUGCCCGGCCGGGGGGCUCGGCACCCAGCAGCACUCGCCCUCGUGCAGGUGAAGGCAGGGAGCUGCAAAACCGCGUCGCGCCGUUACGCUGACGCACGUCGCAGCGAGCGAUCGGCCGCAGCCUGCCUCUGCUCCUGCGAAGGGGCAGCACGGGCACGGCUCCAGCUUGCUCCGUCGGAUCCGCCGCGGGAGGGAAGCAGCGGAGCCCUUUGCGGAGGAGCAGCCGUUGCCGGCGUGUGAUUCAGCGUCGGAUCCUCGCGGAGCGGCGUCUCCCAUCUGUUCCAUCCCUCGGCCCCACGCGAGCAGAGAGGAGCGCCCGCGCUGCUGCUGGGGCUGCAGGCACCCACGGGCGCGGGGACGUACAAUAGAAGGGGCAGAGUGCGGGCCCAGCGAGCGCGUCGGAGCUCUUUGUUCUGUGCUCUGGAGAGCCGUGUCUCAUCAGCCCUGCCUGCCUCCUCCUUGCCUGGGGAUGCGAGGGGCUCAGCUGGAUUAAUUAGCACAGAGGUCAGGCGGGUGGCAGCAAGGGCUCCUCCGCUCCCGUCCCCCAGACCCCGAGCAGAGAGGACACGGAGCCCCGUCCUGGGCCCAGCUCACGGAGCAGCAGUGGGGGCUCAGAGCCAUCCGCACCGCCUCGUGCAGCCUGUGAAACCACGGCCUUAAUUAAACCAAAGCAGAGCCUUAAUUAAACGCAACUCGGAGACAGCCGACGUGGGAAGCAGGCAGCCGGUGUCAGCACUGCGACGAGGAGCGAGAGGAGGAACGGGGGCGAGGGACCGAGCGUCCCCGCGCUGCGUGCCACUGGGGAGGGCAGGGCGGGCUGCGGCUGAGAUGCGGGGUCCCGGAGCCGUAGAGGGGCUGCCGCUGCUCUCAGCGGGGACGGGUCGCCUCGGGGACUCCGGCUCCUUUCAGGACACAGCUUAGCGGGCUGCCGGAGCCCUCGGGGACGCGCUGCCCCCGGACGGGCCGGUUCCCCUCGGGGCGGCGGCGUCGGAGCCCUCGGGGCGUCGCGGUGCCCUCCCCCAAACGGACGCCGCUCCUCGGCCGCUGAGCGCCGCUGUGACGGCCCCGGGUCCCGGCGGGGCGGUCCGGGGCGGAGCCGCCUCCUCGGAGCCGCCCCUCUCCGCCGACAAGGGAUGAGGUAAUCGGGAAAGCGGCUGAAAUUGAAGCCCGGCGGCGGCGGUGGCGGUGCAGCCCGGGCCGGGUUAGCCCCGGCCGGGCGCUCCGCUCCGCGCCAUGACGGAGCGCUGCAGCCUAUGGAGCGCGCUGUCGGCCGCCGCCUGCUGCUUCUACCGCGGCUCCUUCAUGCAGGUGCAGUUCUCCAAGGAGAAAUACAUCCUCGACUCGUCACCGGAGAAGCUUCACAAGGAGCUGGAAGAGGAGCUGAAGCUGAGCAGCACCGACCUGCGCAGCCACGCGUGGUACCACGGCCGCAUCCCACGGGAGGUCUCAGAGAGUCUCGUGCAGAGGAACGGCGACUUCCUCAUCCGCGACUCGCUCACCAGCUUGGGUGACUACGUGCUGACGUGCCGCUGGCGCAACGAGCCCCUCCACUUCAAGAUCAACAAGGUGACGGUGAAGUCCAGCGACGGCCGGACCCGCGUCCAGUACCUCUUCGAGCAGGAGAGCUUCGACAACGUGCCCGCCCUCGUCCGCUUCUACGUGGGCAACCGCAAGGCCAUCUCCGAGCAGAGCGGUGCCAUCGUCUACUGCCCCAUCAACCGCACCUUCCCCCUGCGCUACCUGGAAGCCAGCUAUGGGCUCGCCAAUGGGAAGCACGGGGGGUCCCACAGCCCGGCCUCCCAGAAGGGGGGGCACAUCAAGAGGAGGAGCAUCACCAUGACAGACGGGCUGACAGCCGACAAGAUCACCAGGGCCGAAGGGUGCCCCACCAGCGUGUCCCUGCCGCACCACAGGGACAUUAUCCGCAACUGUGCUGUCAGCGUGGACCAGAUCCAGGACCUGCACUCCCCGAUGUCGCCCAUCUCGGAGAACCCCAGCUCGCCCGCGUACAGCACAGUGACACGGCUAAAGCCUCAUACCUGCCAAGCGGCUGGGAUCACCCCGGCCUCCCCGGUCAUCAGAAGGUCCAGCGAGCCCCAGCUGUGCCCGGGUAGCAGCAGCAAACCUCUGCCGGACCCUGCCCACAGCACCCACUCCACGCCAUGCCACGGCUACGCCCGCGCCUCCCCCUCUCCCUCUGUGAACAGCUACAGUGACCCCGACACGGGGCACUACUGCCAGCUGCACCCCACCUCGCCCAUCAGCAGAGAGCGGCCGGCUCACGACACCAAGCAGCUGCCAGCAAAGAGCUACGUGGAAAGGCUAAAGGUGGAGGAAGGGCAGAGAGGGACUGUGGACAACGGCUCUGGGGAAGCGGAGGCAGGGCAGAGGCUGAAAGGAGAGCGGGACGUUGUGGGCUUUGUGCCCCCCACCAUGGAGACGUGCUCCUCCUUCAAUCCAGCAGCAUUCCAGUCCCUGCUCAUCCCCCUGGAGAACAAGCCCCUGGAGAUGGCUGUGCUCAAGAAGGUUAAGGAGCUGCUGGCAGAUGUGGAUGCGAAGACGCUCGCCAAACACAUCACCAAAGUGGACUGCCUGGUUGCUCGGAUAUUGGGUGUAACUGCAGAGAUGCAGAAGCUCAUGGGGGUGAGCUCCGGCAUGGAGCUGCUCACCCUGCCCCACGGCCACCAGCUCCGGCUCGACCUGCUGGAACGGUUCCACACCAUGUCCAUCAUGAUCGCCGUGGACAUUCUGGGCUGCACGGGCAGCACAGAGGAGCGGGCGGCCCUGCUCCACAAAACCAUCCAGCUGGCCGCCGAGCUGAAGAGCACCAUGGGCAACAUGUUCAGUUUUGCAGCUGUGAUGAACGCCCUGGAAAUGGCACAGAUCGCACGGCUGGAGCAGACCUGGAUGGUGCUGCGGCAGCGGCAUACGGAGGGUGCCAUCCUCUAUGAGAAGAAGCUGAAGCCUUUCCUGAAGAGCCUGAACGAAGGGAAAGAAGGCCCACCGCUGACCAACACCACCUUUCCCCACGUCAUGCCCCUGGUGACUCUCCUGGAGCGGGACGAUGCGCUGGUGGACAGCCCCGAGCCCUGGGAGGCCACGGACAACGGCGUGGAGGUGGUCAUGGCCCACCUGGAAGCCGCGCGGAUGGUGGCCCACCACGGCGGACUGUACCACACCAACGCCGAGGUGAAGCUGCAGGGUUUCCAGGGCAGAGCGGAGCUGCUGGAGAUCUUCAGCACCGAGUUCCAGCUGCGCCUGCUCUGGGGCAGCCGUGGGGCUGAGAGCAGCCAGGCCGAGCGCUACGAGAAGUUCGACAAAGUCCUUACUGCCCUGUCCCACAAGCUGGAGCCAGCAGUGCGCUUCAGCGAGCUGUAA